AUAGUUUACACAAGUGCACUUACCCUACACGGAAACACAAAGACAUUUUAUGGCACUCCUGUCAAGUAGUUUUCCGCUAUACGCGCCUUAACCAGUCACUGAGACAGACUGCGAUUUCUUGCCAUCUCUAAAACUACAGGUUAUUUCUCAGUGUUGUCUGGUGAAGUUGAAGCACUGUGAACUAUGAGAUGCUUCCAGAAGAUAAAGUGCACGCUGAAAUGUUUGCUCUGGGUUCCGGCUGCACUCUGUGCUCUCUACUUCACAUGUCCAUCCGUGCAUAUUUUCAUAGGUUUCCUACCCAUGGAAAAAUGCUCACUGGAAAAUGGAAAGCUGCCAACCCUGGACAACAGCGUUGAUGUUAACCUCCACUUUUGGUCUCGAACUGACGUUCAAACAUGCACAACUUGGAAAGCUCCUAUUAUCUGGGAGGGGAUGUUUGACCCAAAAAUUUACGACCAGAACCACAAGAAGGAAGGAUCCUCUGUUGCUCUAACAGUGUUUGCUGUGGGAAGGUACUUGGACGAAUACCUUGAGACCUUUCUGAACUCCUCAGAACAUCACUUUAUGGUGGGUUUGCCUGUGUCCUACUACGUAUUUACCGACAUGCCAGAGAAGGUCCCACACAUCGAUCUCGGUCCUCAGCGAACCUUGAAAGUGAUCAAAGUGCAACGGCACUCAAGAUGGCAGGACAUUUCGAUGAUACGAAUGAAGACGAUAUCAGAUGUCAUAGAGUCUGAUAUUCGCCACCACUCCACCCAUGUCUUCUGCUUCGAUGUAGAUCAGGUGUUCACUGGGAGAUUUGGCUCAGAGGCUCUGGGAGACUCUGUGGCUCUGCUCCACGCCUACUACUACCACCUUCCAAAGAGUUUCUAUACUUAUGACCGAAACCCAAAAUCCAAGGCUUACAUGGAAACCGGGGAUUUCUACUAUCAUGCUGCUGUCUUUGGAGGCUCAUGGAAAAGCGUAAAAUCUCUGGCUGAGACCUGCUACCAAAACAUCAUGGAGGAUAAACAAAAUAAUGUGGAGGCUUUGUGGCACGAUGAAAGUCACCUAAACAAAUACCUGUGGCUGCACAAACCCAGCAGGGUGCUUUCUCCAGAGUACUGCUGGGAUACCCAAAUCGGCUACAGGAGUGACAUUCAAGUCACUCGACUGCUAUGGGCACCAAAACAAUAUGAUAAACUGCGCACACAUUAGUAUUUCUUGGAAUUACACACAAAACCAUGCAAAUUCAGCAACUCUAAUAGCAUGAAAACUAUAUGAAAACACAUUUUUCUAUGUACUCACGAAAUAUGCAAAAGUUGGCAACCAUUUCAAAUAACGGUAUGAAAACAAUAUGGCAAACAAGCAAAGCAAACUACAUAUAAUAUACAAUUUUAGCUAGUCUUUAUCCCAUUUCUUCAGCUUCACUUUUUUUUUUUUUUUUGUACUGAUGUCAUAGUCACAUUAUGUGGUAAAAUACAUUUCUGGUUUCCAAGUAUUAAGCACAGGCGGCUGAUCUGUUAAAAAUUAAACCCUGUAUUUGAAUUUCAUAUAAAGUUAUUUUGCAUUCCAGGAAUUAAGAUCAACUGCAGCUCAUUAUUCUUCCUUGAUGAAAACCUGGGUAUAAGCCUGUGUUCUGAAUAUUAGAGUCAUAAUUUUUAAACAUCAUUUAUAACACAGGAACUUUGAACCAAAGGUUUAGGGUUCAUUGUCAGCUCGUGCUGUUUUUACAAGUGUGCUAUUAAUUGGUGUUAUGUUGAAAAAUGAUGGAACUGUUUUCUAUAUUUAUAUUGUUGGGGUAUAAUGAAUGUUGGUGAGUACAGCUGCAAGUUAUUUUGUACUGAUAUGAAUAAAAUUACAUCUGUAGGCCAUUACUGAAUUCUCUACCAACCUUCGUGGUAGAUGUAAGGAUUUUAAAGAGCUGUUUUGACAGUUUGAGACACGUCCGUGUGCGCAUUAAGUGCCUUUCUGCAAUAAUAAUGGCCGUGUUUGCUUUUCUUUUGAUUAAAA